AUAACUGCCUAUUUCCCCCGCCGUCCCGGAUCAGUUCAGCGUCCAACGGUCAGCGGUCAGCGGUCAUUGUUCAGCGUUUAGCCGGAUUCCUUUCCUUAUCAUAGCAUUUUCUUCCAGUCCUUUUCAAUACACACACACCUUUGUUUCGUCUCGCGAAUUCCAGACGCCACAUAUAGAAGGACAAACAGGGCCUUGCUUUCUUUCCCGGGGUUGACAUUUCUUUACCGCUUCUCAUUGUUUGAAACGUCCUCCUCCUCGUUCUCCUCCUUCCGCUUCUCUUUCCUUCUUUCCUUCCUUCUUAGAGUAAACUUCCCAUUGUCCCUCCCGAAUCCUCUAGUCGACCAUAGAGUAUGUGGUUCUCGACAUCUACAGGCUUCACGGCAGCCAUUGCCGUGUCGGCGCUACUACCCGUCACGGUGUUAUCGCAGAGCGAUCCGUGUGCGGAGUUCGCGGAAACCAGGGGCAACAGAGUUACUGGUCUUGAUGCGAACCUGUUUCGUCGGUGUAUCCAAAGCGUGCCCUUCGAUGAAGACAAGGCGACACGGACGUUGCAUUAUCUUCGCAUGUUCCUUGGGUUGGAUACUUAUGCACCUUACCUGGUCGAUCCGCCUGUCUCGGAGCUUGAACUGGAACCUUUCAACCUCAAUGAGACUCUGAGCGAGAUCGAAUCCAACAUCAAGAGCGGCUCGUACGAGAAUAAUUGGUCGUUCGACUACGAUGUCGUUCGGAUGUUUCAGAUGUUCCGAGACGGCCAUACAGACUACGAGACGGUGUGUUCUCACGGCUUCAUAUACGUCCACGAGUUUCCCAUCGCCUCGAUUGCUUCCGGCGACGGUACCCCAGAGAUCUACCAUGUCAUCAAGAACUUCGCCGCAGCGCAGUGGGAGGAGCCGCGGCUGGGGGCUAAGAUCAAGAAGAUCAACGGAAAGGAGCCACAGGAAUACUUGACGGAUUUCAUAAGGAAUUCACCCGAAUCUCUGGAUUGGGUGGAUCCCGAUGCUAGGUACAAUGAGAUGAUGUACGGCUUCCCCGAAGGGACCUUCAGGGGUCGGUUCGCCAGACGCAACAUGUGGAAUGGGGAGGACCUGACAAUCACCUGGGAGAAUGGCACCGACACGAAAGUCGAGUUUACGUUGCAGCUGACCACGAGUAUGUACAAGGACGGGGAAUUGCUGUUCAACGAUACUCAGAGUCUUAUCGACCUAUGCUUCCUCAGCGAGACGGAAAUCGGCAAUUCGGGCUCAGCGGCAGUUGACGAUGAACAGGCGGAUGAUCUGGACCUGGUUGUUCGGCAGACGGACGACGAGAAGUACCGUCCGGAUGGGUAUCCGACACCGUUGAAUCAUUCCAGUGAGUAUGCUAUGGCGACUUUUUCGGUGCCCGACGACAAAGAGGCGGUCGUUCUCGCAAUCCGUACUUUUGAUCAGGAGGAUUUAUCGGCCGAUGACUUUGUCCACGCGAUGUCGGAAUUCCUCAAGGAUCAGGUCGCGUCCUGGAAGAAGUCUGGCUACAAACGUCUCAUCAUCGAUGUGUCCAACAACAGCGGUGGCAAGGCGAUCCUUCCAUACGAUUUCCUCAAACAGCUCUUCCCCUCCAAGGAGGACUUUCCGCCGGUGAACAUGCACUACUCCCCCGUGACAUGGGCGUACAUGCACGCCAUCAACGGUGGAAAGGAGUACGAGAUGUACAAAGACACCGGGAUGAAAGACUUUGCCGACAUGGCGGACUUCCUCGGACCGGUGCGGAAAGACAACGAAUACUACAGCAAGACCUGGAAGCAGGACUACGAGCAGUUUGGCGAGGUCAACUACAACCUCGAAGUCGCGGCCGCCUCCAACGAGCAGCCAUUUAGCGCCGAGAACAUCGCCAUAAUCUCCAACUCGCACUGCGCAUCCGCGUGCCACUCGAUCGUCGAGUCUCUCCGCAACCAGGGCGUCCGCGCCUUCGCAUACGGCGGCCGCGCAAAUGCGUCGACACCGAUGCAACCAGUCGGCGGCACCAAAGGCGGCAAAGUCCUGCGCUACGACAACGUCCGCGGCUUCCUCGAGCGCGCACAAGACGACGACACGGUCCUCGAAGCCGCCGGUGACCAGAGCACAUGGCUCCUCCAGACGCUGCCGGUGCGCAUCAAGAACGUCAAUGUCAACUCGGAGAACAAGUUCCGCGAGGGCAACCGCCUUCCGCUGCAAUUCGUCUACACCCCGGCGUGCAACCGGUUUUUUGUUGAUAAAACCAUGUUUGGCGAUAUAUCCGCCGUGUGGAAGAAAACCCGCGAGGUUGCCUGGGGCUCCGAUGGCAAGGCGGUGGAUUGUGUCGAUUAUGACCCCAUCGAGCCCGAGGAUACGUUCUUGGAGAAUGACGAGUCCGCCAGCACCGGAAAGGAUAGCGAGAAGGAGAGCGCUGGUCAGGUUUCUUGGAAGAUACCCGGUUGCGGGUGGCUCGUGGCGCCGGGGCUGCUGGCUUGCGCACUUUUAUACAUCUAAACCCUGGAUCAUGUCGAAGAUUGCGGGCGGAGGG